AAGGUUGAGCCGCUCGUAUAUUCUCGGGAGCAUUCGGGCUCUGCAUACUUUGUGAGUGUUACGAUUAUGAUGGAGAAUCUUGGGAAUACUGGAGGAUUGGCCAUUUGUUUGUGACUUGGCGUGGGUUCGACGUGAUGGAGGCUACGGAGAAAAUGAUUCUACAUGUACCAUAUUUUGGCUUUAUUUAAGGCUUGCUGAACGUAGUUGGCUAAGUCAGGAUUUUAUUAAUCGUAGUUUGUUGUACUCAUGUUGUUCUCCUCGUGGAGAAGCCGACGGGCCGUUCCUAGGCCAAAGGUCCUGCCCACCACAGAGAAGGGCAAGGAUAUGGAACUCAAAAGGAGGAUCAACGAGUACCACAAGUAUCUAUUCGUACUGAUUGGGUUCGCUUCGGCGACAAAUCUCAACUCUAGUCUCAUUACUGAGAAUGUGUUCAACUGCGCGAACUUUGCCAACAAAUGCAAUUUCGCAUUUUUCUUCUCGGGGUUCAUAUCGUUUCUGAUUGCCUUGUUCUUCCUCAAUCUGAACUUCAAGUCCCUACUGGUUUAUGGAUGGACACUCGUUCCGGUUCAGCUCUCGCUGGUUCUUAUUGGAAUCUAUGGCAAUGGAAUCACUGCUCGUAACUCCUUUAUUGUGGUUUACGCGCUUCACGGGAUGCUAGAGGGUUUUAUCAUACAGUCAUGCACAUUUGUCAUUUCUCAACUCUUUUUAAACUCCACGAUUGCAUUGGUUUUUGCCGGAUACCCAGCGGCAAACAUUGCCAUAGGAUACAUUCAGUACGUUUUAGAGAAUGCCAUUGGUAUGGGAAACAUGUUCAAGAUGAGGCUCUGCUUGGUGCUAUGUCUCAUUUCCCAGAUGGUCGUGACAUUUGUUGGAGUUGGAUGGGCCACAUUCCUAUACAUUAAAUACGCCUCAGACGAAACGGAAAAUCCACCCAUAACUUACAAAUGGUCUAGGUUUAGGAGAUUUUUAAAGGCUUUAAUUCACAUUCGGUAUUAUUACCCAAGAUUCCUACUCUCGGCAGUGGCGAACUUUGUUAGGAUCUUCUUCUUUCCUUGCUUCAUUCCGUUCGUCUUUAAGAUUUCACACACUGCAAAACUUUUAAUUUCACUCACUUUUACUUUUUGUGAUUUUAUUGGCAUCAUAUCUGCCUCCAAGGUUAACGAGACGAUUGAUCCAAGUAACAAGAGAGACUCGCAGACACACACCGGGUUCUUGUUCUCAAGGGAUACACACUUACAUCUCAUUAGUGUUUUAGUCCUUACAACAUGCUCAUUUACUCUAUGGGUAAGCUGUAACAAUAGUUAUGAGUUCGUGAGGGCUCCUGAAGUCAUAUUUUUCAUCACUGUAGUCACAUGUUUUUUGAAUGGCCGCAUCUAUGGAAGAGGACUAAAUGGGUGCAACCCUAUUUUGGAAUACUAUAACCGACAGGCGGAUGCUCAUGGAAACAAGAUUGUCGCCGACGAAAUUCUAGAAAUGGACAACACUAUCAACGAUGUUGCCAUUGCACUGGAAUAUGCACUCUCGGCGUUGUCUUCAUCACUUUCCAAUAUCACAGAGCAGAUCAUUUUCUGAUUUAAUUUCAUGUUUCGCAAGAUUGUUUUAAUGUAGUUGUAUUCGACUACCCGUCGUUCUGUUUUAAUCCAGUAU